AUGUAUGUGCGAGCACUUUACGACUACGAGGCCGACGACCGUACAAGUCUUAGUUUUCAUGAGGGGGAUAUAAUACACGUAAUCACACAAUUGGAAAGUGGCUGGUGGGAUGGAGUCAUAAAUGGUGUGAGAGGUUGGUUCCCAAGUAAUUACUGCCAGGUCGUAUCAGGUCCCGAAGAUGUCCUGGACGGCAAGCCGAAUGGGGUUGGAAUGGGCAUAGAUAAUGAUGUCGACGACGAUGAAGAUGACGAGGAGGAAUACGAAGAGCAGUAUGAUGAUGAGGGUGAAGAAUCAGAACGUGACGACUUUUCACAUCUGCCCACGACUGGAGGGAAUAGCAAUGGACGAUCAGGGGCAGAUUUCUGGAUACCUCAAGCGACUCCCGAUGGCAGAUUAUUCUACUUCAAUACGGAAACUGGCGAAAGUAGCAUGGAGCUACCAUUAGAAUCGCCAUCUUCGGCAACGGAGAUGGGACCUAGGGAUCGGAUGAAUGUCAAUAUACCGGGGAAGACAAGGCCCCCGGCAGAAAUGAUGGCGCGGGGAUACAUAAACGAAACCGACGACGAAUCUGAAGGAAAUUCUGCCUCGGAGCUGGAUGGAGAGUCUAUCAUGCUCGCGUCUAAAUCCUCCUUUCCACGGAAGAAGCGCAGAUCUCAGUUAUCCGAAGGUGUAUCCCCGGCUACCUCCAUGGACUCGAUCAAUGGCACAUCUCCUGGUACUCGCUCACGAGCUGAUACGUUUAAUACCCCAAAUGUAUCCUUGACAGCAAUGCCAAUGAUGGGCCCAUCUACAACUUCUUUCACGACUCCCGCACUUGGCCCACCACACGCUGCUACUUUACCUCGGUCAUUCUUUGACGACGGCUCCGCUGCACCCCUGACAUGGAACAGACUUGUUGCAAAUAUGAAGAAAGCUGUGGAUCGCUAUCGUGAGGCCAUCAAUAACCAUGAUCGUUCUGAGUAUGUUCGCAGAGCUGAAGAUAUUUCUGAUCAUCUCCGACUAUUACUAGCCGCUGGGUCUGGCACCACUGAUAACCAUUCUGGUCAGCCUUCUAUCAUUUCUACCAACAAAGCUCUAUAUCCCCAUUUCCGGGACAUGAUGUCCAAAUUCUCGAAAUUAGUCAUUUCUUCUCACAUCGCUGCUUCGGAUUGGCCCAAUUCGGAAUCCUAUCAAAAAUGCCUGCAGGAAGCGGACGGCGUACUUCUAGGUGUGUUCAGCUAUGUCGAAGUUGCCCGUCAACAGCGAGGUGAGGACAUACCACGAUUGCUGCCGGGCUUUGUCGUUGGCAGCACUAUUGGUGGUAGCUGGCAAAAUAACGGGCUUGGAUCCAGAGACCCACUAACGUCCAACUUUCUUGACGAGGAUGAGAGUGCAGUUGAACCUUCUGCAAUCUUAGAUGCGCAUUUGAUGGAGAGACUCGACGAUCUAAAGAGAAUGUUAACAUCUAGCAUUCGAAAGUUGGAGGAACAUCUCGUACUCACUGACAAGAUCAUAACCCCUUACAGACACGAGCUGAUUGGCAACAAUGUGUGUUCAGCCGCUCAAAAAGUCAUUGAGAUGUUCAAGCCCUGGGUUUCCACGGUUGAGUCCAUCAACUUGUCUUCUCUCGGCGAUACAUUUCAAAAUCCCCAACUUAUUGACUUCGCCAAACAGAAACAAAGUUUGUACGAUAAUAUAUCGGAUCUGCUACUUGGAUGUCAGGCUGUGGCCGGCCCCUUGGGUGAUGAGUGGGCGGAAGUCCGCGGUGAGUCAUUAGAGGGGCGGUUGAAUUAUGUGCGCACAUGCUCGAGAUCACUUGAAACAAACUCGUCGCAUAUUGGCUUCUCGCUGCAGCUCCUUGGUGAGCUUGUUCAGACAGCUAUGCAACAGGCUCUACCUAUCGAAGAGAGAGCGAAAAAUCUGAGGAGGGGUGAUAGCGCGCCCUACGAGCGACCACAUCAAAGAUCGGAUUCCCGGAACCCACCAUCACUUCGUCCUAAUUUGGCAGAAAUUGGAAAAUCUCAGACAUACUCUGAAGGCGACUCAGUUCUGCCCUUUCGAAAGGAAAAUUCUAAAGUCAGAAAGUUCUUUGGUGAAGAGCCGAUCCGAAGAGAUGCCCCAGACGAGACGCCAGACUGCUUGAAGCUCGAUCACGAAGAUGAUAUUUCCUAUGAUGCUAAAGUCCAGCCUCCUAUCUUGAGAGGUGGUACACUUAUAGCAUUAGUUGAACAACUGACACGUCAUGACAAGUUAAGCUCGGAUUUUAAUAACACCUUUUUACUGACGUAUCGGUCCUUUACAAAUGCCAGGGAAUUGUUUGAGCAUUUGGUGAAGCGCUUUCAAGUGCAACCUCCUGAAGGUAUGCCCCCAGGAGAUUAUGAAACUUGGGUGUCUCGAAAACAAAAGCCGAUUAGAUUUCGAGUUGUGAACAUUUUGAAGUCAUGGUUUGAACUUUUCUGGAUGGAAGACCAAAGUGAUGAUACCAAAGCUCUCAUAGCCAACGUCUACACAUUUGCCCGGGAUACCGUGAAAGCUACCGACACACCGGGGUCAGGUUCGUUAAUGACUCUGUUGGAACAACGAUUACGGGGACAGGAAGCUACAGCCAAACGUUUGGUGCUGACUCUGAACCAUUCCACGCCCCAGCCAAUCAUGCCAAAGAACAUGAAGAAGCUCAAAUUCUUGGAUAUUGAUGUGACAGAAUUUGCACGCCAACUUACUAUCGUCGAGUCAAAACUGUAUGGGAAGAUCAAACCAACGGAAUGCUUAAAUAAAACUUGGCAAAAGAAGGUCGGCGAAAACGACCCUGAGCCUGCACCAAAUGUCAAAGCUUUGAUCUUACAUUCUAAUCAACUGACUAAUUGGGUUGCCGAGAUGAUUCUCACGCAACUAGAUGUCAAGAAGCGUGUUGUGGUUAUCAAACAUUUUGUUCUUGUUGCCGAUAAAUGUCGCGCUUUGAACAAUUACUCAACUCUCACUUCCAUCAUCUCUGCCCUUGGUACUGCACCAAUUCAUCGAUUAAAACGAACCUGGGACCAGGUACCUGCCAAAACCUUGGCGGUACUGGAAUCUAUGCGUCGCCUUAUGGGCAGUACCAAAAACUUUGGAGAAUAUAGAGAAAGUUUACAUCUAGCCAAUCCACCAUGUAUACCAUUUUUUGGUGUGUAUCUUACCGAUCUUACAUUCAUUGAAGACGGUAUACCCUCCAUCAUCAAGAAAACUACCUUGAUCAACUUUGCCAAACGAGCAAAGACGGCUGAAGUUAUACGCGACAUCCAGCAAUAUCAAAACGUUCCAUACGGCUUACAACCGGUUCCAGAACUUCAGGAGUAUAUAUUGAGCAAUAUGCAAGCUGCAGGAGAUGUACAUGAAAUGUACGAGAAGAGCUUGCAAGUCGAGCCACGAGAGCGUGAGGAUGAAAAGAUAGUCAGGGUAUUGGCUGAAUCGGGCUUUCUAUGA